UGCUGGUUUAAGAACACGUGCAAGUGUUAGCCGUGUUUUUGUUUAGUUUGCAAAUACAAUGGUAAAAGUUAAUAAAACGGAUUCGGUUACAGCGGAAAACGUAAACAACGAUACAAUGGAAACAAGCACGGAUGCAAAGACAAAUAAAGCCACGGCAAAACCGACAGCAAAAAAGGUGCGAAAGCCAGAGGCAUCAAUACCGCGAGGACAACCCAAAUCAAAUAGACCAUGGAAGACGCCCAAAGAGAAGUUCAGCAAAAUAAAGAAAACUGUUAACCGUCUGACAUUUGAAAAGAAAGUUGCGCUUCGCAAUGAAAUGCGAUACAUUAAGGAAAAGUCCAAGGAGAUUAAGGAUCAACGCAAGGAAGCCGCCGUGCAGCGUCAUCAGCGACGCGUCGAGAAUGCUGAGCGUCGCCUGGCCAAUGAACGUAAGGCCGAGAUAGUGCAAGUGAUUAAGAAUCCGGCUAAACUGAAGCGUAUGAAAAAGAAGCAGAUGCGCAUGAUUGAAAAACGCGAUCUGAGCCAAGUAAAGGUGGUCUAGAUUAGCAAACUCUUAGGUUAAAAUUAAUUUUUUUA